AUGCAGCCGGCGUCUGUCUUUCUUCUGCUGACCUCCCUCGUUUCGCCAGCUCUCGCUGGAGUUCAAGAGCUCUGGUGGAACAUCACCUACGUCGAGAACGCUAAUCCUGAUGGACUCGCUGACCGUCGCGUUAUUGGAGUCAACAACACUUGGCCCCCACCUCCCAUAGAUGUGAACUCGACGGAUUCGCUGAUAGUACAUAUGACGAACUCUCUAGAUGCUUUAACCAGUCUUCAUCACCAUGGAAUGUUUUUUAACAAGUCCUCAUUUAUGGAUGGUGCAGUAGGUGUAUCGGAAUGUGGGACUCCUCCUGGUGGUACGUUUGAUUACGUUGUACCCAUAAACUCGUCCGGUCAAUGGGGAACCUACUGGGUACAUAGUCAUGCUGGGGGACAAUACGUGGACGGGCUCCGGGCCCCAUUGGUGCUUCAUCCACCAACGGAAGUGCAUUCGUAUGACGAGGAAUUUACUAUCAUUCUCGGCGACUGGUACCACACAGAACACAACGUUCUUCUACAGCAGUUCAUCAAUAUCGCAAAUCCCGGUGGUGCGGAACCUAUCCCAGUCGUAGAUUCUGCAUUGAUCUACUUCGCUCAAAAUGCCUCGUAUCUUGGCCCAAUUUCCGGUACCAGUCCAUCUGCAGUCACCUCCGCCGUUGGUUUCAACGAGAACUCUACGCUUCCUUUCCAACCUGGCAAAACCUACCGACUGAGAAUCAUCAACACUUCCGCUUUCUCAAUGUUCUACUUCUGGAUCGACGGUCAUGAUAUGAGAAUCAUUGAGGUCGAUGGUACAGACACCGAAGAAUAUCCGAUUUCUCUAAUUAGUCUUGCGGUGGCUCAACGCUACUCAAUUCUGGUUACUGCACGGAAUGAUACAUCGUCGAAUUGGGCCAUCCACGCCAAUUUUGACACGGACAUGUUUGACACUGUUCCUGAUACCCUUCAACCCAAUAUCACAUCAUCUAUCACAUACUCCUCCUCCGCGUCUAUCACUGACAGUGGCCCCGUCGACGCAUACUUUGCGGUGGACGAUACUCAGCUAGUGCCUAUCCAGCAAAUUGCUGCACCCGACGCUACCAAAACAAUACAGCUAGUUGCUGCAUUUGAUACCAUGGAUGAUGGUACAAACCAUGCCAUGUUCAACGAAAUAACAUACAACUCCCCUCUCGUUCCCGCAAUUCUUAGUGAAAUGACAUUGGGAUCGAAUGCGACUGUUGAGGAGGCCUAUGGCCCGCUAAGCUUCGUUGUGGACCACUUGGACGUAGUAGACAUAGUCAUUCAGAACUCGGAUACCGGGGAUCAUCCUUUCCAUCUUCAUGGGCACAAAUCGAUGAUUGUUGGCCGUGCGACCGACUACACGUCUGAUGAUCCAACGCUCAAUCCUCCAAUCGCAGCCAACCAAACCAACCCAGUUCGCAGAGACACUGUGCUCAUCCCUGCUGGUGGAUCUGCUACUCUUCGUGUUGUUGCUGAUAAUCCUGGAGUGUGGUUCCUUCAUUGCCACAUUGAAUGGCAUCUCGAAGUCGGAUUAGCAAUUCAACUUGUUGAAGCUCCGCUUCAAGCCCAACAGUAUGCCGAUACUGUUCCUCAAGCUUUGUCCGACCAUUGCGAAGCCCUCGGAAAACCUGCUUCAGGAAACGCUGCUGGAAUUGCGUCCGCCACCGACCUCACGGGUCUUCCUCUUGGCCCCUUCCCACAAAACAACGGAUGGCAUCCAAAAGGAAUCCUGGCGAUGUUUGGUUGUGUACUCACAGCCGUUAUUGGCAUGUUGACGGUCGCCUGGUAUUCUAUCAUGGGUGGUCAAAUUUCGGAAGAAGAGACGGAGCAUGAGGUACGAGAGGCUAUUGAUAAGAAAGCAAAGAGGGGAAAAUUGUUCGGACUGAUUAAGCCAACUGCAUGA